AUAUCAUAUCAGUCCUUCUGCUAAACUCAUAUACUAUAUUAACGACUGUAAUAUUGAAAACGACGAUGGAAAUAAUAUAUACAAUAUUAAUCCAACACAAUUUGCGCAUAACCUUUAGUAAAAUAAUAUAUUUAAAACACUACCAGUAAUUAAUCAUAAUCAGGUUUUCAUCUUCUUCUCUGCGCUGUUUCUCUUCCAAACACUAAAGUCAACCAAAAAGAUUAGAACAUAUUCUGCUCUUUCAACCAAACAAUCUGCAGUUUAAUUUGAGAUGGCAGCUUAUGCAGCUCUUAUUUCUCUCUUGAACAAUAUUCAGCAGAUGAUGAAUCAUCCUAACCUUUCCACUUCUUUCCACAACAAUCAGAUUCAAUCUCUUGAGGAAAAGGCUGCUUUGUUGCUUGAUUUCAUAGAGACCUAUAACUAUGGUGGUGGAGGUAGUGAAGAAGCACAAGAUCUGGAAAGCCUAAUGGCAUCAGCAGCUCAUACGGCUGAAGACAUGAUUGAAUCACACAUCGUCAAUCAAGUACUUCUUCCUCUUUCUGCUGAUGAUCGCGAAGCAGCUUUGAGUUUCUCGUUGUAUCUACAGAAAAAGUCGUCAAUUGAAAAGAAAAAUGCUCCUGCAGUUGGAGAUGUGGAUCAAUUUCAUGGUGGAUCCAACCAAGCAAUUGAAGAGCCUGCACCUCAUGUGGCUGGAGGUGGAUGCUGGAUCAAUUUCAUGCAGCUCAUUAAGAGAAAAAGGGCAAUUCAAGAGAAAAAUGAAGCUGCAGUUGGAGAUGUUGAUCAAUUUCAUGGUGAAUCAAACCUCAGCUAUUUUGACUAUCUGCGACAGAUAAUUGAAGACAUGGAUGCUAUCAUCGAAAAGGCGAAUGAGUUGAAGGAGAAACAGAGAUUGAGAGAGGACCAACCACCCACGCAUUCAACACCUCUGUAUACCGAGACCAGAGAAGAAAGUUGUAUGGUGGGAUUUCAUGAUGAGUUGAUUCAACUUCUCGAUGAGCUCACCGGUCAUCGAUCCAAUCGACAAAUCAUCUCAAUCGUCGGUAUGGGCGGCAUGGGUAAGACUACUCUUGCCAAACAUAUUUAUGCUAAUCAACUCAUUAUCGAACACUUUGAUAUUCGUGCUUGGGCUACCGUAUCUCAGCAAUACAAUGCUAAACAAAUUCUUCAACAACUACUUUCUAGCCAAGGAAAAUCCUCCAAUAAAACUGUAGAUGAAUUAGGAGAACAAUUGUAUAAAACUUUAUCUGGUAGGAGAUAUUUAAUCAUUUUAGACGACAUUUGGAGUUUCGAAGCUUGGAAUGAAGUGAGGUGUUUCUUUCCUGAUAAUGGAAGUGGAAGCCGGAUUCUUCUAACUACUAGGUUGUCAGAUGUGGCUAACGAUUGUGGCUCUUCUUGCUUUCAAAAGAAUCUUCUAGAUGAGGUUGAAAGUUGGGAAUUAUUCUGUAAGAAGGCAUUCCAAAAUGAAGAUUGUCCUAGUGAACUUGAGAAAGUUGGAAGGGAGAUUGUUAAAUUAUGCAAAGGACUAGCAUUGUCCAUUGUUGUGAUUGGUGGGAGUCUUCUAAAUUCUCCUAGAACCGUAGGAUAUUGGAAGAAUGUUGCCAAAGAUAUAGAAUCAAGUCCCAACUCAAAACAGAAAGACGAAAGUUUAGAUGUAUUGUUUUCAAGUUAUAACCACUUGCCUCCUCGUUUAAAGCCUUGCUUUCUUCAUAUUGGAGUUCUUAAACUUACUAAUUAUGAGAACCUCCAUAUCUCGAGAAUCAUCCAACUUUGGAUUGCUGAGGGAUUUUUGAAAUCAAAUGGAGGCCGAGUUUUGGAAGAGAUUGCAGAGGACUACUUGAAAGAACUUAUUGAUAGAAAUCUGAUAUUAGUCAGCAAACAAAGUAAAUCUGGGAAGAUAAAACGUUUUGAUAUUCAUGAUCUUUUAAGAGACCUAUGCUUAAAAGUAGCAGAGCAACAAGGGUUUUUUCAUGUGAUCACUCAAGGCCCCGUACUAGGCACAGAACGUCGCCUAGUAUAUAACAAUGCUUCGCGGGGGAGGGAAACUGCCAAACUUCCACUUGCACGCAGUAUCAUGGAAUGUGAACUCCACAAGGAUGCUUAUAAACAUGGAUUGUUGAGAGUUUUGGAUGCACAAAGUCACAUAGCAAUUGAAGAAUCAUUUGGGUGUGUUAACUUGCGCUACCUUGCUUUGUCGGAACAUGAUGGCGAGGAUCUUCCUAGUUCUGUGUCCUUGGUAUGGAAUCUGCAUGCUUUAAUCAUUAAUUCUUCAUGGAGACUAUCGCUCUCUUCGAGAGUUGUUGCAGCAAUUGAAAUUUGGAAGAUGCGAUAACUUAGGCAUAUCAAGUGUGGUCGAAUUUAUCUUCCUCAACCCGAUGGACUAGAUGACUUGAUAAUCUUGGAAAAUCUUCAGACGCUUGGGUAUGCAGUGAAUUUGAGGUUGAGUGAGGAUGUGUGCAAGAUCAUUCCCAAUAUCAAGAAAUUGAAUCUUGAAUAUAAUCGUGAAUUGCAAGG